AUGCCUCCAUCAUCCCUCUACAUUGAAGACCAACUCGAUUAUUCCACCCUCGAUCAAGACUACCUCGACGACUACGACUACGAUGACGACCUGUACUACCCCGAGGUCCCCUCCUCUGCGGCCAACCUCGGUCCAGCCAAGAAAGUCAAGCAGCCAAAAAAGGGCGGAUUAAAGCACAAGUCCAAGUCCAAGGACGACGAGGCAGAGGAGGACGAGGUCAGCCCAUGCCAUCUCCUCAAUCUGCCCAAUGACGUCCUCCACGUUCUUCUGGUGCGCCUACCCCCCAUCUGCCUCCUCCAGCUCGGCGCUACGUGCAAGCUCCUACGCGACGAGCUCAAGAGUGAAUCUGUUUGGCGCCAGUGCUACAUCAACCGCUUCCUGUGGGAUGGUGCCGCUGGGAAUGGCCGCGCCCGCGAGGAAGUCAAGGCUCUCGUCCAAGGCUGCUCCGGUGUCGGCGGACGCGGAUGGAAGAAGGAAGCCCUGUCCCGCGAGGCCAUGCUCGAGCGCUGGCUCGUGUCGCGCAGCUCCAACGUCAUACAUCACCCUUUUCCGGUCCUCAUCAACAAGAUGUCGCUCUCGUACCCACCUCUGCUUCCCCAUGCCAAGGCACCGAUGGUCGUGGGCAAGAUGAGCAACUCGGGUUCGAAUUCUCCUGCGGGGUCUAGCGCCAAGAUUUCUCACCGCCAGCGCUACGAGGCCAUGAAGGCUGUCUCGACCCGUCCAUCGCCGGUACUUUACUGCGCGAGUCAGGAGCACGCGGCGGUCAUCAAGAGCGACCCUCUCACGGGCAAGGUAUCCAAGGGCGUCUGGGGUCCGACGGAGGAAGCUAACUUCCAUAUCCGUCCCCAGUGGGACCCGGGACUCGCAUCAGCCAUCUUCCUUCCCAGGCGUUCACAUAACCACAUCCUCUGGGGCCUUCUCAGCGGUUCCUGCGUCCACACCACGGUACAGGCUCGAGCACACGCUAAGUAUGGCGGUCGGCCGACAUCGGUCAACGUCAUGUCCUUGCCCAACGACAUGCACGAAGGUGCUGUUCUGUCAAUCUACCAGCCCGAGUCGCAGGGCAAGGACCCCAUGAAGUGGGUGACAGGCGGCCAGGACGGACGCCUCAAGUACUGGCAACUCAACCCUGGCUCUACCAAGUCGGGCAAGCUGACGCCCUCCGAGGGCGUCCCUGCGAGCAUCACCUGCCUCUUUAGCUCCGAGCCUGUUGAGAAGCCUUUCAAGGAGCGUUCCGAGGAGGUUCGCUUGCGGCAGAUGGCAAGCCCUGAUGGCAUCUACCUCUCGGCUUGCGACGUCCAGCACGACGUCGUAUGCGGUGUCACGUGCGACGGUGACCUCCGUCUCUGGUUCGACGCCGCCACCAACCCGACCGAAGUUCGCCUCGACGUUGGCUCGGAGGCAGAUUACGGUGGUGUGACCGAGCUCAACCUCGUCACGUCGCGGUGUGCCAACGGAGUCUCUGCGUCUGUGCUUAUCCACCACUUGCGCCACCCGAAUUUUGCCCGUCACGAUAUCUCGCUUGACGGCGAGUCACACAAAGUAAAGACAACCUUCUUCAGCUCGGAUGGAGAGGCCCCUCUCACCACUCUGCGGGCCUUCCUCCUCCCUUCGUCCCCUAUCUCGCAACCUCCCGAGGCGCAGUACACGCUAUCGGCUCGUAUCAUUACACCCACCGACUCUGGUGUCGCCUCUCCUGCUGCACCAGAUGUAGAUGUGGAGAAUGUGGAGAAUGUGGAGAACGUGCGCAAAGUCGCCGCCGCAGCUGAGCAGUUCGGCCGCGUCGUGGUCGGGGGUGAUUCCAAUGGCCGCGUGUACAUCUGGGAGUGGGAUGGCCGUUCUGUUGGUGACAUUAUCAAACCUAUCCGCGACUGGGCCGUUGGUGACGGUAAGAUCACGUGCGUGGAAAUGUCCUGCGGCCUCGUCGCUGUCGGUGCGUUUAAUGGCCAGGUGUGGGUGUACGAUCCCCUCCCACCUGAACCUACGCGUCUACGCAAGCUGGGCUCGCCAGCUCACCUCACACCUGGAGACCUCAUCGUCGCCGGAAGCGACGAGCACCGUGCCAAGUUCUUCAACGUCAACCACCUGAUCCUUGAGAACGACCUCAUCAUUGCUGGGAUCGGCAGAAACGUCCUUGCGUGGCGUGCUGGCACAGGCAAGGGUCGUCAAUCGGGCAAGAACGCCAAUGUCAACCGCCGUGGAGGCCCCACUGGGGGAAGGAGCGAGUUCCGGGGUCCCUCGCGUACCCUCGACCUGCGUGACCUUCAUCAAGACGCGGUUGACUCUCAUUACGAGAUCCGGGCGGAGAACGAGGCAACACGUGCCCACACGUCGCACGAGGACCAGCACCUCGCUGCAAUGAACGACUUGGGGUUGGCGGACGGUGACGAGGCCUUGCGGUACGCGAUUCUGCUGUCCCAGCAAGAAGCGGACGCGUCUGCGGCUGCGUCGCGGUUGUCGGCUGCGUCGCCUGCAGAACGUCGGCGAGCGGAUCCGGGAAUGGGAGUGGGAGUGCCUGAUGCGUCCCUCGAGGAGGGUACGGGUGUGAGUGACGAUGAGGCCGCGGCUAUCGAGGCAGUGGCGGAAUUCGAACGUGCUGAGGCGGCUCGGAAGGCGGCACGGGCUCAGGAGGAUGAAGAGGACCUGGCGGACGUGUUGGAACAGAUCCGCUUGGCGGAGAUGAGAUGA